CGUCGCUUACCUUCUACACAGUUCACAUCAAAAUCCUGUUUCCGAAUUUCAGCUGAACAACACAGUGAAACGAAGAAGGGAGAAAGAUGAAUGCCCCCGAUCGCUACGAACGAUUCGUCGUCCCCGAAGGCGUCUCCAAGGUUUCGUAUGAGAGGGACACGAAGAUCAUCAACGCGGCGACGUUCACUGUCGAGCGUGAGGAUCACACGAUCGGCAACAUUCUACGCAUGCAAUUGCACAGAGACGAGAAUGUCUUGUUUGCUGGCUACAAGCUUCCGCACCCGCUUCAGUACAAAAUCCUUAUAAGGAUUCAAACCACGAGCCAGUCUUCGCCAAUGCAGGCGUAUAAUCAGGCCAUCAAUGAUCUGGACAAGGAACUCGAUCAUUUGAAGAACGCCUUUGAGGUUGAGUUGGCAAGGCACAAUGCGAGCCAACAGCGAGAGUUCUAAGCUGCAUUGUUUCCGUUAACUCACUAGUAAGUGACGUGUCACAGCCAUUUUUGCUCCAUUACAAAACUAUCAAAAACAUGAUUGUAUAAGACUGCCAUUUUCAUGAGGUUAAAUUUGACUGUUUUCUCUGAAAAAUAUACUCCAUAUAACAAAAUUGUAAACACCCAAUUAAUUAUGAUAUUGUGUUCUGUUUCA